AACAUGCAUUUACGCAUAGAAAUUCUGGUCACCACCUAAAUAGAUUCGAAUUUAAUUUGACCCGACAUUUAUAGUCAAAAGUCAAACUUGACACCCUCCUUUCCCUCUACCCUGGUUCUUACUUUCUUAUAGUAGUUCCUACCAGUUUUCGUUAUGUUUCGCACAUUCUCUCCCUUCCCCUAUUUCCAAACAUUCCAUACUUGGAUCUCCAUCCCUUUUUCACGAUAAAUAAAACAGAGAAACAAGAAAAACAUAGGAAAUUCAAGAGAGUUAACAAAAUGUGUGGGAUCUUUGCAUACUUGAAUUUCAAUGUGAAUAGAGAAAGACGUUACAUUUUAGAAGUUCUCUUAAAUGGUUUACGCCGUUUAGAAUAUCGUGGCUAUGAUUCUUCUGGGAUUUCCAUUGAUUCUUCUUCAAUUUCUGAAAAUGUCAUUUUGUCUCCUCCUCCCCUUGUUUAUAGGCAAGAGGGCAACAUUGAAUCUCUAGUCAAGUCGGUUUAUGAAGAAGUUGCAGCCACAAAAUUGAACCUGGAGGAGUCGUUUUCCGUUCAUGCUGGAAUCGCUCACACUCGAUGGGCAACUCAUGGUGAGCCAUCACCAAAAAACAGUCAUCCACAGACAUCUGGUCCUGAAAACGAGUUUGUGGUUGUGCAUAAUGGGGUUAUUACUAACUACGAGGUACUGAAAGAAACUCUAAUGCGACAUGGUUUCACAUUUGAAUCUGAUACUGAUACCGAAGUAAUACCGAAGCUCGCUAAGUAUGUCUAUGAUAAAGCUAAUGAAGGACAAGCAGAGAAUACUGUCUUAUUCAGUGAUGUUGUCCUUGAGGUUAUGCGGCAUCUUGAUGGAGCAUAUGCCCUCAUAUUCAAAAGCAGACAUUAUCCGAAUGAGCUGAUUGCGUGUAAACGUGGUGGUCCAUUGCUUCUUGGUGUCAAAGAAUUAACAGAAGAUGAAAAUUCUGGAGCAUCAUUUUCUGACUUUAAAAUUUUGAAGGAUGGGCAGCCGAAGGAACUUUUCAUAUCAAGUGAUGCUAAUGCUCUUGUUGAGCAUACAAAAAAGGUUUUGGUGAUUGAAGAUGGAGAAGUAGUUCAUCUUAAGGAUGGAGGGGUGACAAUUCUCAAAUUUGAAAAUGAAAAAGGAAAAAACAGCGGGGCUCUCUGUCGGCCUGCUUCUGUGCAACGGGCAUUGUCCAUUCUUGAGAUGGAAGUUGAACAAAUAAACAAAGGAAAAUAUAAACACUAUAUGCAAAAAGAGAUUCAUGAACAACCAGAGUCCUUGAGAACAACGAUGAGGGGAAGACUUAUUCGUGGAGGUUCUAGCAAAGCCAAGUCUGUUCUUUUAGGUGGAAUCAAAGAUCAUUUAAAAACUAUUAGGCGAAGCAGGCGUAUACUUUUUAUAGGAUGUGGUACAAGUUACAAUGCUGCUUUAGCCGCUAGGCCCAUUUUGGAAGAACUUUCCGGUAUUCCUGUUACGAUGGAAAUCGCCAGUGAUCUGGUUGACAGGCAAGGACCCAUUUAUAGGGAAGACACUGCUGUCUUUGUCAGCCAAUCCGGCGAAACAGCCGAUACAUUGCAAGCGCUGGAAUAUGCUUUAGAAAAUGGGGCUCUAUGUGUUGGUAUAACAAAUACUGUUGGCAGCGCUAUUGCUCGAAAUACGCACUGUGGUGUGCAUAUAAACGCAGGCGCUGAAAUUGGUGUGGCAAGUACCAAGGCAUACACAAGUCAAAUCGCUGUGAUGGCUAUGCUAGCCCUAGCGAUUGCUGAUGAUACCAUUUCUAAUCAAGACAGACGAGAAGCUAUAAUAGAUAGUUUAUUUGAAUUGCCAAGUAGAGUAAAAGAGGUACUUAAACUCGACCACGAAAUGGAGGAGCUUGCUCAACAAUUGAUCGAUGAGCAAUCCCUCCUUGUUUUCGGGAGAGGAUACAAUUAUGCAACAGCCCUUGAAGGUGCAUUGAAAGUAAAAGAGGUGUCUUUGAUGCACAGUGAAGGAAUACUUGCUGGGGAAAUGAAACAUGGUCCAUUGGCUCUUGUUGACGAAAACCUUCCGAUUGUUGUAAUUGCCACUCGCGAUAAUUGCUUCAGCAAGCAACAGUCGGUAAUCCAGCAACUUCAUGCACGCAAAGGCCGGUUGAUUGUGAUGUGUUCAAAAGGCGAUGCAGUAUCGGUGUGCCCAAGUGGUGCUAGCCGUGUGAUUGAAGUUCCCCAGGUCGAGGAUUGCCUUCAACCCGUGAUUAACAUAAUUCCAUUACAGUUGUUAGCCUAUCACCUGACAGUAUUGCGCGGCUUUAAUGUUGAUCAACCUCGAAAUCUGGCAAAAAGUGUGACGACACAGUAGAUAGACAUGUACAGAAAGCGUCUCCAAACUGUUUCUUGCUUGAAGAGAGCUUAAUUGCUACGGCGUAUUUUGCAAAGGCAGCCUUGUAAGUUGUAAGUUGUAAGUUGUAAGUUCAGUUCUGAUACUGUAUAAUACGUUAACUUUGAAUGUAGUUUCUGAUUCAUAACCCUUUUUUUAAAAUGAAAAUGCUCAUAGAAUUCUUUCCGA